AUGGGAGUGAACAGUUCCAGAGGCAAUGAUAGAAUGAGUGGCAGAGGACAAGAGUCAGACGGUUCACAACCACGCAGAGCAUUGAGUUCUUUAUCUGGAGGAAGUAUAGAUGACGAGGAUCCAGAUCUACCCUCCAUUGUGGCAUACCUCAUUCAAAGUGGUCAGAUCCGUUUUAUCAGCCAGUCUGAUAGUGACUCUGGCAGCACUAGCCCAGAAGAGGACAUAGCCGCCCCGCCUGCCAGACCACCCAUAAUGGACAAGACGCCAGAUGUUGCUAAUAUACAGAAAAAUGACAUACAUUCCAUGGUGAUGAUGUCAUCAGGAAGGUUAUCAGAUCAGAGAUGGCUUUCAUAUUGGAAGCCCACUGUUCCCAACUUGGUGGCCAAGCGAGAAAUCGGCCUCAACAGACAGCAGCAGUUUACUCAUGGUGACAGGUGUCUCAUGGUAGCCAGGCAUCUACCCAACCACAGCACCCAACUACAGAGCUACAACCACAAGGCUUUCUGUGGAAUCUACUCAGAAAAUGGCAAUGUCUUUCUGUCUGCUUGUCAAGAUCAGAACAUUCGAGUCUAUGACACCAGCCAGGAAGAGUUCCGGGAGAUCAACUGUAUCAGAGCCAGGGAUGUGGGCUGGAGUGUGCUGGACACAGCUUUCAGCCCUGAUGGCCAGUAUGCAGCUUACUCCAGUUGGUCCGAUUGUGCACCUUGCUUACAUUGUCUCAAUCACUCGUUCUGCCUUCCAU